UCUCAUUCCAUUCUCCACAUCCCUUACCUCUUUAAGAAUUAUUUAUCUGAAAUUUUUUUUUAAUUAAACCCCAAAAAACCUUGCUUUAUUUUUCUUUUUAGAAAAUAAUUUUGUAUUUUGUAUGAUAACAAUGGAUGGAAAGAGAGAGGAAGAAGUAGACAAAACAAACAUGGAAUUGGAAACUUCAGAGUCAUCGUAUCCAGGAUCAGGGAGUUUGCACAUCCCAAUUGACCUCUUCGGUUCCAAAAAACACGCCGGAGCUCCACGUGGCGUCCUCGCAUUCGCCGAUGCGUUGGGUAACAUACUCUUCACGGUGAACCGCCACCCACCCAAUCGGAACUACAAGAAAAAGCUCUUGCUUGAUGCCUCCGGCAACAUCAUCUUCUCCAUCUACCGCCACGAGGGGUCAUGGAAAUGCUAUAAGGGGAAUGGUGAUGGAGACAAGGAUCUUGUGUUCAGAGUGGAGAGGACUCUGAAAACGCUUACUAGAGUUGAAUUGGAGGUUUUUUUCGAUGGCGAGAGGCCGAACAAUGAAGGUUGUGAUUUGAAAUUGAGAGGAUCGCCUUUUCAGAGAUCAUGUAGCAUCUACAAAGACACUGACUUGGUGGCACAGGCUAGCUUGAUGUACAAGCUUCAUCAACUGUAUGUCAGUAGGGGUAAAUUUUGCCUUACAAUUUUUCCUGGGACUCUAGACAAUGCUCUUGUUGUGGCUUUGUUUGUAAUAUUUUUGAACGGAAGAAAAUAGUAUCAUUGACAGACGGCAUUCAAUUGCUAUUUAUUUGAAACAGAGUUAUACCAAUCUUAACACAGAUAUGUACUCCAAA